AUGUCAUCGGUGACAGCGUCGCCCCCUCCUCUGUCAGCCAAGACGGCUGGUCCGGAGGUCUCGGGAGAGGCUAUGUGCCCGCCUCCUGUGCACGCCUCUUCUAAGACGGCACCUUCCUCUCUCAAUGGAGAUGCGACGUCGUCUGGAUCUGGGUCAACGCGAUAUUUGCAGAGUGGCGACAAGGAACGAAGGAAUUUUGCAGGUAGAGGCGCCAGCUUCUUGCCUGAGGCCACAGUCAGGAACGCCGAAGCGGGCUCGGCGAGUCCGCUGUCCCCGGCUUCUUCGUCUCCAAAUUUUUCGCUGCCGCCGUCGGCGACCUCGUCGGUAUCAACUACUGGGGAGAUCUCUGCGCCGCCGUCAGGCGCGAAGAAGGUUUCCGAACCACUCGAUACGUCUUGUCGAGCCUCAGCCGCUACUUCGGGAGCGUCGGCGACACCGAUGUCAGCCCCGUCCUCAGGUGCUUUUCCCGUAACGUCGUUUCCUUCUUUUUCCUCAAUACCAGGAACGGAGAAGGCAGACGCAUCCCAAUUUGCGUCAGCUCUCCAGGGUUCUCAUGCGUCUCCGCCAGGUUGCCCUCCCUCUGUGGACCCGAUCGUCCUGGCAGAGGUUCUUCACGGCUUCGAUUGCGUUAGAGGCGAGUUGUUUUUGAACGAGGAAGAGCGACAAACUAUCCAGCAUUUUCUUCAGCCGUUUAACUUCCGUUUCGUCCCGGUCAUUUCAAGGCAAACCCUGGCGGCGGGGGCUGGCGGAAGACGCGGUUUCUCGUCGAAGCGCAGUACGUGUGGCACGGGGCCGUCCCGGCGUCUCACUCAGGAAGUUCAGCGACUUCAGGAGGCUGCAUGCUCUUUCGCGGCUCUCCCGAGGGGAAAGAGGAGGCAAUCAAAAGCAAAUAGCCGAUACCAGGAUGAUGACACUGGCAGCGCUGUUGGUGAUAAGGUGGGAGACUCUGAGCAGCGGAGCUCUGAGUUUGGUUCUGUCGGCCCGACUGGGCACAGCCGGAGCGGCGACAGUGUAGAUGGAGGAGCAGGGUCUCAGUAUCUGUCCGGAGGUGAAUUUUGGAUGGGGCCUCACGGCCCUCACAGUGCGGCAUCUCCCGGGUCAGGUGGUGAGAAGACAGUGUCUGUUGUCAGCGAUGACACGUCGACAGUGAGCAGGAGCAGUCGAGCAGGGAAGGGUGAGGGAAGGAGAGCUGGAGGGCGAAGAAGUCGACACCAAGGCGGUGUCGGGGGCGAUAAGAGUGUCUGGGGCAGUGCGUCGGGAAGAGGAAAGGGCGAGGAUGCGGAUCACGGGGACGCAGUUGACGAUGGUCGCACGGCCACGACUGUUUCAGGAAGAGGAAGGAAGAGAAAGGUGAGGCAGGAGAGAUAUGACAUGCUGGAUGACCAGGGGUGGGACGAAGACAAGGAAGACCAUAAACUUCGCAGGACGUCAUCGAGAGUUGGGAAGGGCGGAGAAACGGGGCCGUCGUCAGGCGCUUCGACUGCAGCCUCGGGAUUCGAGAGAAUUGUCUUCACCCCGAUUCUGCGGUCAACCCCGUGGAGAGAAAGUAGCAUGCUGAUUCUUCAGCAUCUCAAACGCCACUCAGCUGCCCGCUGGUUCCUGGCGCCUGUUGACCCGGAGUUGGACGGCGUCCCCGGUUACUUCGAAGUCGUGUCUCGUCCGAUGGACUUUGGGACGAUCGAAAGGAAACUGCGUGCGGGGCCUCGGGUGUACAUCCACCCGUCCCAGUGGCAGCAGGACGUCCGGCAGGUCUUCUUCAAUGCCUUCUCGUUCCACCCCGCCACACACGACGUGUGGCAAGAUGCGGCAGUCCUCGCGGCGGAGUUCGAGCGCUGUUGUCGCCAAACGGAUCAAGUGAAUCCGUACUUUGCCACCCUGACGUCCGGAGGGGUCCAGACCGACGGCUCAGACCGGCACGCGUUUUCCUCGAAUGGACAUGCAGAGCCAAGUGCUGCGCCAGAGUUCGCGGCGUCCACAGGUGCCCGGAAUGCGGGAGGCCGUUGGGGCGGCGCUUCGGCGUACGCGCCGUUCUACGGCGCGUCGGCCUCGGCGCCGGCGUCGCAGGCGAUUCACGAGAACUCCUGGGGCAGCUCGUCCGAUGUCGGCGCAGAUGCUUCGCACGUUUCCGCGAGCGUCGCUGGCGGCCGGAGUGGCCGCGGCGCGGGCCGGGCUCGGCGGCAGGCGCCCCAUCCGUUUGAAACAACCGCCCAUGUCUCCGAUCCGUAUUUCGGAGGCGGGUACGGAGGGGCUCACGCCCCUGGCGCAUCUGGGAGAGGCCGGGGACGGGGCGCGGCGGCUUCCGGCUUGGCCUCACCUCGACGAGGCGGGCGCGGGCGCGGCCGUGGAGCCGCCGCCCAGCUGCUCCAGAGAUGUCACACGUGGGGCGAAAUGUCGUCGAAGGGUGGGCCGUUCCUGAUGGGCCACCAGCAAGGGGGCGGUCGGGGUCGCGGCGGAGGUGCCGUGGGAGCCGGUUUCGGCCCGGGAAUGGGCCCGUACGGGACUGGAGCCCAAGGCGUUGGGCCUGGCGCGAUGCCCGGAGCCCAGACAGGACUGAACGCAGCGGUCGGCGUCGAUCCGCAGCAAGCGUACAUGGAGCUGGACGCGCCGCCCAAUGCGCCCGUGCUGCCUCCGCCUCCGGUGCCCCGGAUUGGCGUGAAUGACAAGCCGUUAAGUGCGAGUCAGAAGCGCGUGCUGGAGCAGAACAUGACGCGGUUGUCCUCGAUGCAGAGGAAGGCCGCCCUUGAGCUGAUUCAGGACGACCUGGGAAUUCUGGCUGCAGAGUAUAUGGAUGAGAAGGAGUUUGCUUUCGACACCGAACUGCUUUCGAUUGAGAAGCAAAAACGUCUUUUUGCAUACGUGAACUCGAUGGUGCGGGCGAACCGGGAGUUGUGGCGACAGCAGCAAGAGGCGGCGAGUAUGGCCGACCCGAACUUGCGAGCCCACGGCGGUGGGGGCCCCGUCGCGAUGGCGGGAGUGUCUCCGUAUCCCCCUGCAUUCGGCGGUGUGGUCGGAGACGGGGCUCCAGUCGACGUUAAGGGCCAUCAAGGCAAGAGGGGGAAGAAGAAGCAAAGGGAGGAGAGAAGUAGUGGGCAAGACAGGAGGCGGGACGAUAGUGACAGCAGUAGCAGCAACAGCGACAGCAGCUGCAGUAGCAGCAGUUCGUCCUUCUCAGACAGUUCGUCCGACUCGAGUUCUGAUAGUGAUGACAGCGACGACACUGACGAUGAGAAGACAGACGCAGCCGCGGCCGGGAAGAAACAGGUGCGUCCGUCUGCCGUCCCGGGUUCUGGCGACCACGAGAAUGCGUCUGCGAAACCGAACAAUGAGGGUUUCUUAGCAUCCAGUAAAACAGAAGUUAACAGUUCCGCUGCUCCGGGUCCCGGCUCCAGUCACCAGGUAGCGGGUCAUGCUGAUGCGUCUGGCCUGCCGUCGUCCGGAGCCGGGGCGCGAGAUGGAGCCCAACUAGCGGGGCUGUCAGGCAAGACCGGCACGGACAGCUCAGGGCGACCGGGUAGGGGGACGAUCUCGUCUUUCCCGACCGAGGCAGGCCCGAAGGCAGAGGCUGAGCGAGACGGUUCCCCGCCGUUGCUGCGAGGAGGGGGAGAAAGGAUACCGGCCGAUGCCGCCGCUGAGGUGCGUAAGGAUGAAGCGACUUUGCCACAAGACGGGAGAAGAGAUGCUUUGGAUGGCAUGCAGCGAGGAGGGGCGGAGGCGAUGGCUACAGAUAAGGCGAGAGAGGAAGGACGAGGCGUGGAAAAUGCUUCUCGUCUUCCGGCAAGCACUGCUGCGGUGCCAGUAUCCGCGGCGGGGGCCAGGUCUGCCGGUGGCUUACCUCAGUACACUCCCGUCUGUGAGGAAGAGGGGUCCGACGAGAUUCGAGAAGAAGUCAUGGGCAGGCAUGCCGACUUCUUUGGCGCCUUCGACAGUCACCCGCCUGGAGAAAAUAGCGAGGAGACUGUGGGUUCCCAAGGCGUGGCUGCUACAGAGGCCAAACCCACUGCUUGGAAAGAAUGGAAAGGUCAAGUUAUUCAACAGGGCUUUGUGGCUCAGCGUGCAUAUGCUGCUCAAGACCGUAAUGUGAAUGAAAUUAUCGCUGAAGGCUACGACGCUCGCAUCUAG